AGCUUUUAGGGAUGGGGGUAUUUACUUCCUUGCAUGGAAUCAUGUUGCUUUUAAUGACCUUCUAUAACAAACAUCGUCCUUAAAAAUUAUUUUUAAGUCAUCUUAAAUGGUCUUCAUAUGAUGCUAAAAUUAGUUUGCUGGUCAGAAACAUUUAAGUGUAACAGAAAGGAAGGAGAAAAAUGCUCUAGUGUAAAAGGACCUGGAGAAAAUCACUUAAAGUGGGUUUAAAGCCAAACCAAAGUAGCUUUUUGUGCGCUAGCGUUAAAGUGGUGUUUGUUGAGCAGUGGUGUGCUGAACGUGUGCGUCUCCCGUUUUCCUCACUGCGUGUGUUUUUGUUCCAGACAAUGCCGCCCCAUGGGAUGGUCGCCCUUCAGCCUCCCCAAGCCUGUCGGAAGUAGGCCCUCCCAUUGACAGCCUCUCCAUGCCAACACCUUCAUCUCAUUUGGCUCCGGCCUCCGACCCUCCUCAUGUGCCUCCUCAGAACGCCGUGGCACGAGACGGCCAGACGGAGCGUUCCAAGAGCCCCCAGAAAGCGGAGCUGCUGCUGAACAGAGACCUCCUCGUUCAGGGGAGGCGAAUGGCUGCGAGCGGCGGGAGCGGCAGAGCCAAGACCGACGGUGGCAGGUCCACCCGUAAGGGACACAGGAUGCAGCACGCUACUGACGGAGAAGGGGACAAGGAGGGACAAGGUGGGGAGGCCAAACCUUCGAGGAGCACCAGAGGAAGGUCCAAGGAGAGGACUCACUCUCUCAGCAGCUCUAAGAUGCCACACACCAACGGGAACAGCGGGGGAAGUGCAGAACGCAGGGGCAAGGCCAGGCUCAGAGAUCUUGACGGCGACCUGGGAGACAGCCGGCCCGGAAAAAGCACCAGCAGCAGCGGCGGCAGCGGCACCACGGCGGGGAGGAAGGCCACGGUCUCGCCUGGUCCGUGGAAGAUCCCUGGAUCGGACAAGCUGCCCAGCACACUGCGCGCCGGUGCGUCCACACUCAGCAGAUAACUCCGCCGCCGCCACGUCCGUCUGAACCCGCCGCCCCCCCCACCCGGAUGAGACCCCCCCCCCACCUACCGCAUUCCCACAUCCUCCGACAGCUAACGGCAAAGCGGGGCGGGCUUAUCUGAACCAUGAACUUUUAUUUAUACUACUGUGUUUUAAAUUAUUCUGAAGCAUUAUGUUACACCCACCACCUUAAGAACUGGAAAAAAAAAAUCAUCCACUUUAAGAAGAAAAAAAAAAAGAGCAAUCAGUAGCAGAGCGAGAGCUUUCUGAAACUUCUCCCCCCAGGCUGAGCUGGACACGACGCAGGCUUGGACUUUUUAUAUGAAUAUAUUUACUGUUCAAAUCGUAGUCUAUUUUGUGAAGUGGAAUGUUUCACACGAAGGAUCGCCUGGUUUUUUUUUUGAGGAGCGAAUGAAUCAAAACCGUGACAGCAGAGAGGAGAUCCACCCGUCUGCCGAGCUUUGCCUUAACAGAGACCGUGUGGGCCUCGGUCGCUCUCAACUAAUCCAUCACAUGGUUAAAGAUAUAUUAUAUAGAAAUAUCAAACAUGUGCAAAAUGGUUUGUAAAUAAGACCAUCUUCAUAGUGAAGAACCUUUUUGUGAAGAAAACCGAUGGAAGUUGAAGCAAAGCAGCAACACGGACCAGCGACUGUCGGCUCAGCGUCUUCUUCUGCUAUCGACUGGACAGUCUGUUUCCGUUCUGUAGGACUCGUCUCGUUUAUCCAUUUUCAAUCAUUCUUGUGCUUAAAGACAAAAAAAAACAAAAAAAAAAACAAGCGAUGUGUGACAGCGGUGUCCAUACAGACACCGAGAGGGACAGAGAUGCGUGCCUUAGACUGACGAAGAGUCUGGCUGCUAUAAAACACCAACUUCACAGAAAAUUAAUUAGAAACUGUAUUUUUUAAUGUGAUAAAUACUGAAAUAUAUAAUUUAUUCCACAAAUCUAAUAACUGGCCCAUUAGGAGGGGCCUUUUGUUUGAGCAAAUGGUUCACUUUGGGUCAUCGCUGAUUUUCUAAGGAGAUCCAGCUCUACUAUUUUCCAUAAAGAAUCACUUAUUUGUGUAAUCACACGUCUGCACCUUUCAGAUAAAAUUAGUAGGCCUGUUAGUUAUUUUUUUUAAAAAGGCAUUAAGGAUUUUUAUUGCAUGUUUGAAGCCUCACGAUUGUGGUUUGUCAUCGGUUCUGUUUGCACUGUGCCAAAGCUCAUGUUAAGCUGACUUUUGUUUCUUUAUUUGGUUCAGUUCUGGUCAGACGUUUACAUUCCCGAUGGGGCUCAAAGAUUUACCAUAGUUCCAGUUACAGUUUAGAUAAAAGGAGACAAUUUUGACAGUGCUGGGAGUCUGAACAGGACAAUGAUCACAAACAAGCAUAAUAGCCUCGAUAACAAAGUAUGUUUGGAGGAAUCCAACCUAACAUUCAAAGCAUGGUGGUGGCAGCAUCAUGUUGUGGGCCUGUUUUUGAUGUCAGUGGCAUUGCAGCGCUGCACAAAAUACAUGGAAUAAUCAGGGUUUUCAACUUUACCUCAAAUAAGCAGCUCAAUGGUUAGUGUUUGAGACAAUUAGGUGUUCCACAAACAAUCACAUUUCAAAAGUGGUCCUGGGAUGAAUAAAUAUGGCUGAGAUGAAGCUUCUGGAAAAGCCCCACUUUAAGGCAGUUAUAAAUAUUAUGAGCAUACAGCUGGAUUUUACAGAAAGUAGAUUGUUGAGGUGUAAUUUGGUAAGAGAUAUUUAACAGAGUAUUAGUAAAUUUGAAAGAAAUUAAUUACCUGUGUGGAGUGUAUGUCAGGGAUCUGCAACCUGUAAAAUUUGGUCAAUGUCUCUAAAUGUAAAGGUCAAUUAAAAUGACUAGCUUUAGGAUGCAUUUAGUUCUGCAAUAUAUGCAUAAAAUUUCCAGAAAGAAAGAAACUACAGAAUAUUGUACAGAAUAUUUUACUAUAGAUAAAUGAGGUAUCUUUUUGUCAAUAGGUUGCAAACGACUUGAUUUUUCAUCAUUUUGAUGCCAUUUGCUAUAAAAACCAAAAUGUCCAAUUUAAGAAAUGUUGGUUAAAUAAUUAAAACUGUUGAUCUUUAACAAAAUGUUAACACAUUUCCUAUAGUAUACUAUAAAUUUAAGCUCUUGAGAUAAAAGAUGUGUAACUUUUGUGGCUCUAAACAAAAUUUGUUUAGCUGGACCGAGGGUAAAAAAGGCUCUGCGGGUUGUAAAGGUUGCUGACCCCUGGUGUAUGUAAACUUCUGACCAGAACCGUAUUUGGACACAUGGGUCCACGGUGAAUUGUAGAUAAAACUGUUAACGAUAAGAGGUUUGGGAGAUAACCCGAGUCAGGAUCUAAUCUUGAGAGCGAGGCGUCUCCACACUUUCUAUUCCUGCACACCUGCAGCCUCCAGUGCCAAAACAAACUCAGCAUUUCAUCUCUUUGGUUCACAUGAGAAUAAUAAAAAACAAGUUUAAGGACAAAGCUUCCAAAGAAAGAAAAGAGAAAGACCGCUACUAAACGGCAGAAUAAAUCUAUUUGAAAUGGAAAUUUGACCGAAUCCAAAGAGAAACAAUAAAAUUAGAAGAAAUCCUAAAUAUAUUUUAGAGUUUAAAUAAAAUAUUAUAUUAUUUGUUUAUCUUAAAAAGCUGUUUUAACCUAAAAUGCUCCAAUGAUUCACUAACUUUCUCAGUAAACAAGAGAGUAUAUAAAUGACUGCAGCUUACAGUAAAGCAGAAAAAAGCUCAGAAAUCCUCUUUUUUACCUUUUUAAGCUUUGCUUCAUUUAAGUUUUGACAGUAAACAGUUCAACCAAACGCAAAAAUCCACUUUUUUAGGGGAUGAGUUGAGCAAAUUGUUGUUUUUCUGGGGGUUUAAAAAAUUGUGUUCAAGUAUCUAUACCUGGUAAUUUUCCCCCUGAGAAAGCCAGCGUUAAUGUUUCCUUCCUCUGCUCCGCUGAGGGAAGCGCUCAAAGCUUUUAAAAGAGCAAAGGGAAACGGGGACUCAUUAUGUUUGCCGCCGUAAUCCGUAAUUACACAAGGACUAAGCUGACUGAUUGUAAAACAGAAUCCGGCGCAGAGGAGGAGGGGGUUAGGAGAAGCAGAGAAACCAUCAGCUCGGCUCUUUGGCCUCAAUCCGAACGUCGUGCUGGAACGUUUCUUUCAUGAAAUCCCUUCAGUUUGACACAGAAACUGAAACUUUUGCACAAGUCGCUGCUUUCCUUCGCCGUCGAGCCAAACUGUGAGCGGAUGUCCGAGGACGUUUUGGUCUGAUAGCGUUCAUUUUUCCCCCGACAUUAAACCACAGCACCUGAGCAGCUCUGUAUCACUGUGUGGUGUUUUAGCAGUGUGUAGACCCUGAACAAAUAUCUCUAUGUAGAAGAAGUGUAACUAUUGAUGGUCACAGAGACUGUAAGUGAGCAACUAUUUUUAUUAAAAUGCAACACUAUGAAUAUAUUAACUUUUGCAAAAAAAACAAAAACAAUCUUGUUUACCUGUAUCAUAUUCUGAAACGCUGUCAAAAUAAAAAUCUUGACACAACGAUUCA